AUGAAGAUUCAUCUCUUUUUCUUUAUUCUGCUCUUUUGGGUCACAAUUUUACCAGCCAGAAAGAAAUAUCCCCACUAUGGUAGCUUGGAUUUGAGGAGAAAGUGCAGAAAGGGUAAUGGCCGAUGUAAACUUGAGUGCCAGGAAAAUGAAAUUAGGAUUGCUUACUGCAUGCAACCUGCAACCCAUUGCUGCUUGCAGAAGUAAAGCUGACAGAAGACAAGAAAGAGAUACACGCCCCAAGAAGAGAGGACCAGUGUUACUAAGUCUUCCCAGAGUAUACUUCAAGGCUUGUGUAUCUCAAAGAAUUAAAUAAAAUUUAACAUUGAGCCACUCCCAAGUGGUUCUAUGUCACACAUGUACCUGGUGCAUUUACACCACAUUUUCUCUUGAUCUCUUGGUACCAGAAGUAAGCAGAAUUUAUUUUAUGGGAAUUCCCCAAGAACUAUAAAAAAUUCUAAGUGCUUUGUGUGGGUUGACAUAAGUAAUGUUGUGAGAAACCCUAGGUCAGAGAAAUGGGAGAAACAUAUUCCUGAAAUGGAAGCCUCCAAUGGAAAUGUGCUGCAUUUUCAUCAUUAAACACUGCUCUAUAGAUUAUCCCAUGAACGGAU